AUGGGAUGUAUAAUCAUUAUGGACAGGAACGUUUUGUGUAUACAGUGUAUACACUGUAUCUGAGGAUAUAAUAGUAUAUGUAACGUCACAGCAAUAGUUGAAUAGGAUGACCUUAACUACAAUACAGUGUAUAUUCAUGUGAAACGGGUGCAACAAUAUGUAAACAUUAUAUUGUAUAUUGACCAGUGGUCCAUGUACAAAGGCCUGCAGCCACUACGGCGCAGGUUUGAGUAAACGGCUAGUGACAGUGAUUAAGUUUAGCUAAACAAACAUCAUUUUUGUUUUAGCCAGACUAUAGUUAUCCAGGGAGGGAAAAAAGAGCCCAUUUGCCGUGACAUUGUGUAUCGCAAUGCCGUGACCCGGAUUCGAACCGGGGUUGCUGCGGCCACAACGCAGAGUACUAACCACUAUACGAUCACGGCGAGCUACCAGGGCUGUGCGCUAGAUUGGAAGAAAUAGAUUUUUAACUGAAGUCUGUAGUGACGUGGCCAUGCGCGACCAUCUCAUUUGCACGCAAGUAUUCACAUUGUUAGUUGUCCAAGCCGUUGUAAUAUUUCACUCAAUGUAAUUGAUUUAGUUUUGAGAUAUAUAUAAUCUGCUACUAGGUAAACAGUAUAGUUUAUUUGCAUAGCUAACGUUAGCUAGUACUAGCAAAAUAUAUAUUUACAUUUUAUUUGUUUAUUUAAUCCCUAUUUUAUCAUGGAGUCAUACUGAGACUAAUAUCUAUUUCACAGAUUAGCGCUAAAUUACAGAAAUACACAACACAUCAGAAUACAAAUGAAACGCAACCAGAAAGAAAAACAUAUUCAUCAGUAAUAAGGUCCUCAAUCAGCUUUCUGAAUGGACCAAAACAUCCAAUUGAAGAACCAUUAACAACUAAAAGGAGUUUUGCCUAACUCAAUAGAGACUGAGGGAAUUUCCAAUUAAACAUCCCUGAGACUGGGGUGUGGUUUUACAUGCAGCCUGGUCGAGACCAGUUGAAGAAAGCCUCUGAAUUAGCAGAGGAUACUCCAGAGCUGUGAUAAUGAAUGGAAAAGUCAUCCCCCAUACUCCACUGGCUGUGGACUUCUGGCAGGUCAGGAAGUGUCCGCAUGUCCGCCUGUUCUUCCUGUCCCAUAUGCACAGUGACCAUACCACGAGCCUGACCUCGACCUGGGCCAACAGACCAAUCUACUGUUCACCGGUUACUGCCACGCUGCUCAAACUCAAACUACAGGUCAGAGAGAGAUGGAUCCAUCCUCUAGAGGUGGGAGAACCCAACAUGUUGCCUCUGGAUGAUAUAGGCAAGGAGAGAUUGACCGUCACUCUCAUGGAUGCUAACCACUGUCCAGGGGCGGUCAUGUUCCUGUUCCAAGGAUACUUUGGCACCAUACUCUACACUGGAGAUUUUCGCUACACUCCGUCCAUGCUGCGUGAGCCGUGUCUAAGGACCAACACCACUAUAGAUGUCCUGUACCUGGAUAACACUAACUGUGACCCCACACGCACCCUGCCCUCCAGACAACGAGCCACUCAGCAGAUCAAAGAGAUCAUCCGUAGCCAGCCCAAGCACAAUGUUGUCAUUGGCCUCUAUACUCUGGGUAAGGAGUCUCUAUUGGUACAGCUGGCCAUGGAGUUUAAGACCUGGAUUGAAGUGUCCAUCGAGAGACUAAAGACUCUCAGAGCCCUGGAGCUACCAGAUGUCUUCACCACUGAGCCAGGAGCGGGUCGGAUCAGGGCCGUGGACCAGUCAGAGAUCCGCUCCACCAACCUCCUCCGUUGGAACAGGGAACACCCCACCCUGGCCAUCCUGCCCACCAGCAGACCCCUGGUCUCCUUCCACCCUAAUGUCCACGUGGUGCCUUACUCUGACCACUCCUCCUACCAGGAACUGGAGGACUUUGUCUCGGCCCUGCAGCCCACCUCCCUGGUCCCCAUCGUGGGCAGGCUUACCUCUGGCAUCCCCUCCUUCUCUGCCCUGCUGCCUAGGAGAAAACACCACGAAGUUCUGGUUCCUGAGUCAGUCCGGCACUAUAUGAAGGGCCGGCCUGAGUUGAAGGUUCAAGACCCUGGUCAGUCCAGCUUCCUGGGUUACAGUAACCUGCUGCGGAGGCCUAUCCGACCCCCUCCACCCAGAGGGGUGGUGUUUGAGUCCCCCCCUAAGGCCCCCUCCAGGCCUGGGUCGGUGGCAGACGAAGCCUGGGAGACAGGGUCCAUGGAGCAUCCUCAUCAGGAGGAAGAGAUGGACACAGAGAUGGAUGCAGAUAAAGAUGGAGAAGAUUCAGACUGUAUACUGAUGGAUCUGAGUAAAGAACACAGCCCUACCACAGACAUAGGGCCCAGCUCCAACCCCAACCCCAGCCUGACCAGAGACCCCAGCCUGACCAGAGACCCCAGCCUGACCAGAGACCCCAGCCUGACCAGAGACCCCAGCCUGACCAGAGACCCCAGCCUGACCAGAGACCGCAGCCUGACCAGAGACCGCAGCCUGACCAGAGACCGCAGCCUGACCAGAGACCGCAGCCUGACCAGAGACCCCAGCCUGACCAGAGACCCCAGCCUGACCAGAGACCGCAGCCUCAGCAGAGCCCCAUGGAGCCUGAAUCUGGUCCACAGGGUCUCAGAGAACCUGGAUUUGGAGGAGAGUCUCCCUUUCAGUCUAUUCACCCAGAGUAACUUUACACUCAUGGAGGUCCUGAGAAACACUGCCGUUUCACUGAGACCCAGAGCUGUGAGGGAGGAGACCCAACCUCAGAAUUUGCCUCGUGACAACGACAACAUGGCCGCCGAAAACUGUAACUUAAAUGCAGUAUCAGUUAACAUAACCAGUUCCCACAAUGGACACCCAGACCAGGAGAUAGAAUCUCUUCCAUUACCACUUCUUAGCCUGAGCCCCUGUUCCAGGGACAGUACCUGUGUGAACACUAGUGACACCACUGAAACACAUACACAACCUGAACCUCCAGAAGACUGUGAGAUAUCUCUUCUGCUGUCCCUCCCUUUCUCCGAGGAGGACGUGUCUGUCUCUGGUUGCUAUAGGAACACUCUUCUUGACCGGAGCUUUUUGGAAAAGUUCAGCCUCUCUCCUUCACAUUUGAAGUAGGGUGAAGUUGCCCAAGCCUAGACACUGAUCUCGGGUCAGUUUUUCAAUUUUCCCCCACUAAUGGUUAAGGGUAUGAUUGGGAGAGGUGAAGCUGAUCCUAGAUCUGUACCUAUAGCAGUCUUCAGUUCCACUCUGCUGUGGAGAGGUACCUUAGCUGCUGACUCCAGACAGAGGACAAUGGGAAUACUAACGUGUCAACGGUCUUUCCUCCACAUUCCUUAAGAAGACAUGUACCGUUUAAAAAAAAAAGAAAUUUGCUCUGUCAGAUGGAGAUUUUCCAUUUAAGUUAGUUUUUUUUGGUUCAGGAUUUAGGCUUAAUCUGUGUCUGGGGAAACUGGCCCGUUAUGUUGACUUUAAGUGAAGCGCAUAUUUCACAGUGUCAUUUAAUUUCUGACAUUAUUGGUGUUUAUACAGGUGCAGUAUUUACUCAGCUCUCACCUACUCUAUGUUAUGGCUAGGUUGUAGGUUGCAUGGAUUCAUUUCAUUCCCCGUAAUGUGCCACAGUGAUUGAACCAUGUUUUUAAGGAUUUAUUCCCCGUAAUGUGCCACAGUGAUUGAACCAUGUUUUUAAGGAUUUAUUCCCCGUAAUGUGCCACAGUGAUUGAACCAUGUUUUUAAGGAUUUAUUCCCCGUAAUGUGCCACAGUGAUUGAAACAUGUUUUUAAGGAUUUAUUCCCCGUAAUGUGCCACAGUGAUUGAACCAUGUUUUUAAGGAUUUAUUCCCCGUAAUGUGCCACAGUGAUUGAACCAUGUUUUAAAUGUGACUCAUUGGUGAAAGGCUUCAUCCUGUAGCCAAUGUACUCUAUGCCUUUUAACCCAUCUCACAGUUGAUUAUAUAUAUAUAUA